AUGAAGUAUUAACUUCUGCUCGAGGUAUGUAUGCUGCAGGAAAGAUCUAGCAUAUUAAGGAUUAUAUUUCAUUCGAAAUAAAUAGAAACGAUGGAAUAAUUAGAUCAAUUUUUGAUUACAAGUUUGAUAGGUGGAGGAACUGGGGGUUUGGAUGCUUUACUCGGGUUAUCAUCUCUUUUUCCAUAGGGAAUUUGGACCUAAAGCAAAAUAAAAUGGAUUUAUAAUUUUCCCAUCUCAGUGAUAUUGAAUAAUGUUGUGGGAGUUUAUAAUUCAGGUUACAGCAUUGCAAUUUUUGAAAAUUCACCAAUUAACAAUGUUAUCGAUGAUCAAUUAGAAUUAGAUUUUGUUGAUUAUAGACAUUUAAAUAAUUUUGUUGCUCAAGCAAUUAAUUCAUAUACUAGAUUAAGAAGAUUUAAUUCUUGUGAUAACUCCAAGUUUAUUUCACAUGUGUUUCCUUAUCCUCGUAUACAUUUUUUACUUCCAUCGUAUGACGAAAUGACUUUGAUAAUGAUUACACUCGAACAGAAUUAUAGCAAACAUAAUUCAUUCAAUAUCUAACUAAAAAAGAGUAAUUUUUCUAUCAAUGUCCUCUUAAUCCUUGUCAUAGAUCUACAGCCUUAUUAUUUAGAUAAAAAUAAUUGA